GAGUUCCCGCGUAUUUUAUCCAUCCAAUCCCGCGCUUUACCAUUUGGCGUUUGCAGACGGAUAGUGGGAGUGGUUUGACAAUUACGAAGACUCUUUUUUUCUAUUCUUUGCUUGUGUUUUAUUUGACGAUGGCAUCCAAUGGUUCCACAAUUGUUCCGGCGGAUUUGUACCGACACUUUUUUGAAACUUUUCAAUCGACAGUUAACGUAAAUGACCCGUUACCAGUGAAAGUUGGUUCGCAUAGCAUUCGAGAGAAUGAAGUGGACGGCGAAAUAGUCGAUUGGACUCUACAGUACCUUCAGCAAAAGAAUUGCCCUUCUAAACUGCUUGCUCACUUGGCUAGCCUUAUUCUGUGGGAAGUACGCUUCUGCAUAAGUAAGGAUGAUGUUGAUGGUGCCGUAAACAGAGAUGUUAAAGGCUACGAACCAGUAAAGCUAAUGCAGCUAGUGACAUCCAAAAUCAAUAACGUUUGUUUUGAGUUCCUCAACAACCAAAAGUUUGAGAGCCUUUGCACCGAAUUAUCUUUUAGCAACAGAACUCUUCACCCAGUAUCUGUGCAUGCGAUCAGAAAUGGCAGGAGGAAAAUGGAAGAUCGCCAUGUAGUGAUACAAGACCUCAACAAAAUUUGUUCCAUCAGGGAUGAUGUACCCACAAGCUACUAUGCCGUCUUCGAUGGUCAUGCUGGCACAGACGCGGCAUUUUACGCGGCUUCCCAGCUUCACGAGAAAUUGGUUUCCAAUCCGAAAUUCGCCACGGAACCGAGUGAAGCCUUGAGGGAAGCCUUUUUAGCAACUGACUUGGCAUUUGUAACAGAACACGAAAAUGAGAGAUUGAAAGGAGGAACAACAGCGGUGGUAAGCCUCAUUAGGGGCAACUUACUUUUGACGGCGUGGCUGGGAGAUUCUCAGGCCGUUUUAGUGAAAGAUGGCGUCGCCACACAGCUGGUCAAUCCACACAAACCGGACAGGAUUGACGAGAAGGAAAGGAUAUCAAAUCUUGGCGGUGAGGUGAUUUUCUGGGACGGAGCUUACCGCGUUAACGGACAACUUGCCGUGUCUCGGGCUAUCGGCGACGCCGGCUACAAACCUUACGUUACUGCUGAGCCAGACAUGGUGGCCAUGACGCUUGAUGGCCAAGAGGAUUUCUUGAUAAUCGGAUGUGAUGGCCUUUGGGAUACGAUCGGCGUGGAUGAAUCCGCCUUCAUAGUACUCCAGUACUUGCACCACGAGACUGAUAUCAGCGGACUGAGUGGUCGGUUGGUGCAGGCGGCCAAACAAAAAGGAUCGUCGGAUAACAUCAGCGUCAUUGUCGUCUUCUUCCGCGAACCGGAACUGAUUGCGCGCCGGCCGCUCCCACCCGCCCCGACCUCGGUCCUGGAGGACAACACACCCAGCAUGGAGCAGCAACAAGAGGAAUAUGAGAAAUUGGCGGCCAAGUGGGGAUGGAGCGAGCCUCAAGGUGGUGCCGUCUUCACGGAUGAAACUUCGUGGCAGCAACAGUCUCAGCAGCAGCAGCAGACGGCCGACGGACAGCAGCCGCAAAAUCCAUUCGAUUCCAGCAAUCCGUUUGGUAACGGAGACGAGCUCCUAGCGCCGGAAGGACACGACAAUCACCACUUUUAUCAAGGCGUCGAUUCGCCUUCCGAGUUUGACGCCGCCAAUUGGCAACAGCACGGAGAAGAAGAGGAGGAGGAGGCCAUUGGCGAUUCGUUCAACGGCGACACGGCCGAAACGCCAGAGGUUUACGACGGAUCGACGGCUCAGUGGGGCUGGAAAGACCCGGAAAUCGAAGCUCUGGAAAUCGAGGCCGGUCGUGACUCGUCCGAGCGCCAUUUUGCCGCUACGUCUGUCGUUCCGCUACCCGAUCCAGACAUGGAUUUGGACGUGGUCCGCGACCAGUACGAGAAAGUAGCGGCCAAAUGGGGCCGUGAACUGGAACAAUUUGACGCUGCCGACGUCGUGACUUUGGAAUCGAAAUCUGAUUUCCAUUUGAGCAGUGAUGGAUCGACCUGGGACCAAACAUCCGGCACUGCCCAACCGGCUGGCGUCGACUGGAACCAAUACGACGAAGAGCUUAGCGGCCAGCCCAGUCUGAUCUUUGUGGGUCAAUCCGAAGAGACGGAGGCCCCGACCGAGCAGAUCAUCAGUCCCAUUGAGGAUUUGAUUGGCGUCUGCGACAUGAACGGCCGAGCCAUAACCGAAGCCGACCGUCAAAUGUGGGCCUCGGAGGAAAAUUCCGUCUCUUUCCCUCCUGCAGUUGCCCAUCCAGUCGCAGAGGAUGAAGUUGUGGCCGAAGAGGAGGAAGACGAUGAAGAAGAAGAGGAUCACCUGCAGCAACAACAACAACAACAACCGGCAGCUGCUAUUUUUGAUGACGGUUCUUUUGUGGAUGAGGGCAUCGCCGGAGACGAAACGGAUUUCGUUGUUAGCUCGUCAUCGGUCGUCGAUUCCGCUCUUAUUGUCGAUUGCCAGCAGCAGCAGCAGCAGCCAGAUAUUGUUUCUGCGUCGGCGGUGAUUGCCCCGGCUGAAAAUGAUCCGGAUUUCCACUGGAAUUUGCACGCCCCCGAAUUCGAAUUCCGCCCUAGCGAGUCUUGGCCGUUGGAACACCAACAGCAGCAGCAGCAGACCGAAGUAGAAGACUCGUCGUCGUCGGUGGUUAGCUCCAGUGAGCGUAAACUCUCCGCUACGGAAUUGCUGAUUCGCUCAUCCAACGAUUCACAGCUGGCCGUUCUCUUGGCCGCAGCCAACGAUGACCCUGAAGACGACGAAAUGGACGAACCUCAGGAGGAGCUGAACAUUUCGCCACGCUCCGACGCACUUGACGAUAUUCACAACGCGUCUAACGCAAUUAACGAGUCGAAAGGAGACGGUACCAUGGAUGAAGUUGAAGAUUCUGAAGAUGACUGGACCUUCAAUGAUUACAGGCAGUCAGAGACAAACAAGGAGGAAAGCGUCACCAACACUGAGGUUGCAGACACAAGCUCUGGCGUUGAUUUGGAACCUGAAGGCAAGGCUGAUGAAACCUGCAUCCAGACCAAUUGCCAGGCCAAUGAUCUUGGCAAUCAGCUGGAAAAACUGACUGUUGAUGAACUUGAACCAGAAAUCACCAUUCCUGAGCCAGAACCGGUAAAAGAAGUUGUUCACAAAGAUGAAGGUGUCCACCAAGAAGAAGCCCUUCAUCAGGAAGAAAUUGUCCACCCAGAAGAAACUGUUCAUCAGGAGGAAAUUGUCCACCCAGAAGAAACUAUUCAUCAGGAGGAAAUUGUCCACCCAGAAGAAGCUGUCAACCAAGAAGAAGAAAUUGUUCAUAAAGAUGAAGUUGUUGAGCCUGAUGUUGUUCACCAACCUCAGAUGGAAGAAGCUGUUUCUCAAGCAGAAGAUGUCGAAGCACACAUCCAACAGGUUGAAGAAACCCAAUCUACCAUCAUUUCCUCGACUGUCCAAGAACCAGAGUUAGUUCCAGAUGAAGUCGUACCGGACGUCAAAGAGGUGGAAGUUAGUAGCACACAGGAAACGGUCGAACCACGACUUUUGGAGAGUCCAGUUUCCGAUUCGGCUACUAUCGGUUCUGAAGCACCCGCUUUGAUUGUGACUGGAACAGCCAUUGGCAUUGCAGCCGCCGCUACAGCAGCAGUGGCAUCAAAGGCUGCUGCCAAGUCUCCUGCCGCUAAGAAACCCGUCGCAGCUGCAAAGAAGACUACGUCUACUCCGUCAAAACCGGCUGCUAGUCCACUGGCCGCUAAACCUGCUGCCAGUUCACUAGCCGCUAAACCUGCUGCUAAGGAUUCAGUUAAGAAACUGGAACCAGCUACACGCCGUGCUGCUACCACUGACGCUAAACCAUCAGCUGAUUCGACGAAACCAGCGCGUCCGACCAAAUUAUCUCCACUGAGAAAAGCUACUCCAGCUGCCCCUGCUUCUCCUGCUCCUAAGCCUGCUGCCCCUAGAGCAGCUCCUGCGACCACUAGACCUGCUGCCAAACCCGCAGUGUCUACUACAUCGACGGUGAAAAAGACUACCACCACCACCACCACGACAACUGUCGCCAGCCGGACAGUUACUGCCACUCCAGCCAAGAGAGUAACGCCAGCUGUGAACGGAGUAGCCAAGACGGCAUCUCCGGCCAAACCGGCCACGAGCACCUCGUCUUCUCGCACCACCGCUUCGACCACAUCUGCGACACCACCGCGUCGUAUCGUUUCCGCUCCUGCUAAAGCUUCCAGUGCCACUAGUCGCCCAGCCGCCACCGCAGCCACCAAAUCUGCUGCAGCUACUACCAACGGCGACAUCAAGCCGAAACCCGCUGCUACGUCAACGACUCGCACUACGGCCAAGCCCAUCGUUAAUGGCACAGCUACGAAAUCCGCUACUCCCAGACCCACCGCAGCCAGCACCAAACUCGCAGCCACUAAACCCGCAACAACCACCGCCACCCCUACUCGCCCGGCGCCAUUGAAGAGUGUUGCAAGCAGAACGGCCACGCCUGGUAAGCCGAUCGCAAAGACGACGACAUCAACUUCCAAGCUUGGUGCAACCAAAACUGGUGCGGCAACCAAAUCGCCGGGAGCAGCCAAAUCAGCAUCCAGCGCUUCGGCUGCUCCCGAAGUAACCACAGCAACACCCGAAGUCGCUCUUGCUCCUGCACCGGCCGACGCGGAAUAAUGUAGAGCAGGUUAAAAAGCAUCAGAAUUAAGCGUGUUUUAAAUGUGAAAGGUUCGAGAUAACCAAGGAGAUUUAAAAAAAUAGAGAGGGAAAAAGGAAAUAACGAGUGGAAAACGCCCAACCAUAUUAUAAUAACUCCCUACCGCCGCCUGCUAUGUAUACCGCCCGUCUCUCUUUCAUUCGCUCAUGAUUCAUCGUCUGCCAGCUUUUUAAACGUUCUCGUUUUUUCUUUUAAAUGUUUUUUUUUCCUCCAUCGUUUGCAAUUUUCUAAAAGACAAUAAAGGUAAAAAAAAAAUAAUAAUUAAAGAUUUCAAAAUAGUUGAAUCCGAGCCGAAAGAGAGAAGAAACGAACAAUUUAAGUACUAGGGAAAUAAAGAAAUGGAGAAUGGCUACGUGAAAACUUUGUUGCGAUUGCGGGCCCCUGUAAAGAUAUCAAGGAAGAGAUUCAAGAAUCAUCAAUCAUUUUUCCCCCCUGCGUGUGAGUGAGCGUGUGUGAAAGCGUGUGCGUGAGUUAAUGUACUGCUAUCCCCCCUCCCCCCACAUUUCUUUCUUGGCAACACACAACAUCAACAAUAUGUAAAAGGAUUGUGAAAACCUCUUUUACUUCCCCCUAAUGGCUAAAUAUUACUUUCGCACGCCCUGCACUCCCACCCACCAACGCUCUUUCGGCUAAUAAUCACCUAUUUUAUUAUUAACUGUAUUCGUGUCAAAAGUCAUGAAAGAAAAUGUCGUCCCUUCGUUUUUUUUCCCCCUCUUGCUCGAUUCCAUAAUUUCUUUUUGUUUUCUCUUUUGUGUUUGUGGGGUUUCAUGAUUUUCAAUUUCAAAUUUGCCGCGCACAGCAACGGUUUGCCUUUGCUUUUAUUUUUCUCUCCCCCCCCCCCCUAUUUUCUGUUGUUGAUAGUCACGCCAAUGUCCAGCCGAGGUGAUUGUGUCCACUGCUGCUUCUUCCUACUCUCUUCUCUACUUCUUACAACCACAUGGUAAUUAAUUUAAAAUAUUGAUUGCGCUGAUUUUUUUUUUAAUUGGAUGAGUUUCGUUUUUAUACGUUCAAAGAUUGUGUUUCCUUUCCGUCUUCAACUUUUGGAUGCAAUACCCUCCACAUUUUGUAAUCCAUUACGUGAGAAGUGCGAGUUACAACAUUGUAGCGCAAAUAAAUGAAAAGCAAUGGGGAGAAA